AUGUAUAAUGAUCGACCAAGCGGAUGGAAUGACGAGGAUUUGAUGGUGCGAGCUCAUGAAGAAUACAAGAGUACUUUUAAAACUACUUUCCAAUAUGAGCAUGUGUGGAGAAUCGUGAAAGAUAGUCCUAUGUAUACUCCUCAAUCCUCAGAUCGACGGGCUACAAAAAAAGCAAGAACAUCAGAAUCAUCAGAUGCACAUACUGACUCUUCUAAUCCUAACACAACUACUGAUAUAGAUGAUAGAGAAAUCCGAUCUCGUCCAAUGGGACAGAAGACAGCAAAGAGGAAAGGCAAAGAAAGAGUAGGCAUACUUGAUGAAUUGAAUCAGGCUAUGCAACAAUCAAUGACACAUUUGGAAGAGUAUAAUAACAAUAAGAAAGUUGAUCAACUCAUCCAAACACAUCAACUCCUCGUAAUGGACACACGAGGCAUGACUGAUGAACAACUUCAAAAUCAUCUAGCGAUAUGUGAACAACUGAAGAAAAAAUUGAACAUGUAG